AUAUCCCCCACCACACCAUUACCCCGCGCAACUGAACUGUUCAUCGUCGCCUCCACAGCGUAUCCUAUGCGGCAGGCCGCCAUCUUAUUCAUCAACCCUACAGCAUCGUAUACCUAGUCACAGAACCUCGGUCUCCGAACUCUCAUCUUUCGCACUUCACAGACUCCAUCUAGGUAACCAUGUCGCUAACCGCAUUUCAUCAAUUUCCAGAGCUCGCCCCUGAGCUAAGGAACAGAAUCUGGAAGAUUGCCAUCACGUCCUAUAUCCAGGAUGUCGCGGAUCGACUCCCGCGUUGGUUUAUUAGUUCUUGGGCCGAACGGCGGCGCCAGGCAAUUGUUAGUUGCCUACCAGGAAAAGACAGACUACCUUUAGCUUUGUAUGUCUACCUCCGGGACCCCUACAACGGACUAAAACUGCGUUUCGAGGAGGACGAAUUCGAAUCCCUUGUCGACUGCUUUCCUAUCUCCUCUGUCUGCCACGAGACGCGUAUGAACGUCGCCGAGUUCUGCCGGCUACUAGCGCCACAUGUGCGAUUCGAGUACGAUACAAGCACUCUGUGGUCACUCAAACCGCCUGAGAAAGGUGCCGAGCCUGUCGUGCUAAGGAGUUCACACUGGCUACCUGGCGCAGAGACCCUUGAGCGUGUAUUUGCUCAGCCGACAACAUUAACUGUUAAUGCCGGGCUGUUUAGAUCGGCAGAGCACCUCGUCGGAAUAGUGUUUCGGUUCUUUGGCAACAGGAUUCAGCGCCUAGUCAUGGACCUAUGUGUUCAUGAUAACAAACCUGUAAAGCAUGCAUACUGGUCUGAUCCUGGUGCAGCACCUAUAAGUAUCGAGGCUACUUUGAAUCACGAUCUUAAAGCAGACCCUGCUAUUAUCUACGUGACGAGGGAUCAGAAACUAGACGUAUCAGAGAGCUUCUGGCAGAAUCUAUAUAACAGUGAGGCUACUCUAAAUCUCGAUUCCGAAGGAGACCCCGCUAUUAUCUACGUGACGACCGGGAGGGAUCAGAAAUUGCACGUGUCAAUGAGCUUCUGGCAGAACAAAACGCUGCAAACGCAAACCGAAAUGGACAUGACUACACAUCUCCUGAAAAUGUAUGAAGUUUUUGAUGCCUCUUCAGAGAGAUUGCCGCUUCUCGAGCACAUUGAGGUGAAUCUUGAAGUAUGGGGGAUGGAUGGUAUCGAAAGAACUAGACUUACGACAAAUUGGAAGCGGGACUAUAUGGUUAGGUAGAGAAAAGAAUGAUAUAUCCUUUAGGAGGGGAUGGCUUCUCUAGUGUCUAUACGUAGGGCUGUUAGCGGGGUAGGGUAGGUUGGUAGGUGGCUAAGGUACAUGUAGGCUGUAGCUAAGGUACCAUACCUUAUACAUCGGCCCCUUCCCAGUAGCAGGCAUUUAGGUACUACCUCAACCAGCGGACAUUUAGCUAGAGCCCAAACUUAUCGACCAUAAUGUAGUCUCU